AGCAAAUGUGAUGAAGGUGGUUGAAAUUAUCAGAUUUCAUUGGCAGUUACCAAAAUUUCCGUCAAUCUGUUAAACCGAUGCGGUUCUUCUGACUGACAAUAUUGCAAGUUUCCACUGAACGCAGCAAAGUGUUGUUUAUUUGGCAAAACACAGUGUGCUUAUCUCACGUCAACAGGUCGAUGUAAAAUGAAAUUCCGAUUAAUUUGUUGGAAUGAAAAAGAUGUUCAUGAGAAAGCUGAAAGUUUGAGUCAGUCCCUGACAAAUCGAUCACUUCAGCUAGCCUUUUCUGGGAUAUUGGCCAUACAGGGUGUCCAAGAUGUCAGUGAGGCAUGUGCUUUUUUGGGAAGUGAAUUUGAAGGGACUACAAUAUUCAUUUUGGACACAAAUUUUGUUUCCCUUAUGGAAAACAGGAAAGCUUUCAAGUUCUUUCAAAGAAUAAGAGAAUGUAUGUCUCCACGUCAUAAGGGCCACAUCUUGUUUAUCAACCAUGAUGUCUCUCCAGAGGCACUGGAAGAAUUUAAGAAGGAUUUUGAACUACCAGAAUACUUUCAGCAGUUACUUGUUCACUGUGCUGGCCAUGGAGUGGAGGAAAUGGGCAACCUUGUCUAUAGAAGACUGAUGUCAUUUGUGGGUCCUACAGAGUCGGAAGCAGAUGAACAUAUGAGAUUGACACAAGGUAUAAUUGGAAAUCCCAUGGGCUCAGCCCUGGGAACUAACAGCUGGGAAAGGAUGAGUGUGACUUCAUUACAGGGUGAUCAGACUUUUCCCAGUUUACCGUCACACUACCUGAGACAGAACUCAACAACUGACUUUCCAUUUAGUGGUGUUGACAUUUCAGACUGUCGCAUACCAAUGGAACACCACUGUUCCAUGUCAUCUAGUGAAUCAAUGGACGGGAUCAGGCAGCCUCCAGUUGGAAACUCAGCCCCAGGAUCUCUUUCAAAGGGGCUGUCAAAGUCACUACCAGUGUCAAGCUCACCAAAACCCCAAAAGGACCCUAUGCAAUUCAGGUCUGAACCUGCACCGGAUAGAUAUAAUGGUCAUGUGACAAGAAAUAACCCUAGUCAUAUGUCUGGAUAUAACCCUGGUCAUGUGACAAGAAAUAACCCUAGUCAUAUGUCUGGAUAUAACCUUGGUCAUCUGGCAGAAUAUAACAGUGGAUAUAUUCCAGGACAGGCAACAGACAGGGGUUUUCCACAGAGAGUGCCUGAACAAAAUCUGGAAGAUGUUUUUCCCUCUGACGAGAUGUUUUUAUCCUCUUAUCAUCAUCAACAAGAACAGCAGCAGUCUUUAGGAAGAAAGAUGCAGCUUACUGUCGGUUCAAAUGACAGCGGCGUUGGUAGGGAGUUGUUUGGUAUACAGUUCAUCAGUCACAAUGAACUUGGUGCACAGGACAGUAAUAGAAGCAUAGCGUCCUCAUAUAUCCUUGGAGACAUGGAACAUCUAAUGGACAACCUAGAUGAGAAUGCCUUGCCAUUAGGAUCCCUAGUUAAUUCAAGGAACGAUGGUCAGACUGUGACAUCGGGGUUCUGUGUGGACUGUAAGAAAAUUAAAGAGUCUUCAGCUUUAAGAAAUCCUCAAAGUGCUUCAGGAAAUAAUGACUUCUACAUGGAUGAGUCUGUAGCUCAAUUUUCAACAUAUGGUCCGUCUGCUCUAAGAGGAAUCUGCACAGAAUGUGUACAGAAAAAGCAAAGAAGAAAAUCAGACAGUAUACCAUCUAUGGGAUCAAGUACAGUCAAUGCUAUGAUACUGAGUGAUGCUAGUGGAAAGCUAGAAAAUAUACACAGAGAGCAGCAGCAAAUGACAUUCCAGGGUCAGAGGUCACGGCAGCAUCAAGGGGCAUUCCAAAGACAGGGGUUCAAUGUGGGGCAAAGCCCAUCGCAAAAUGAAAAGGUAGACCAGUGGAAGAUAUCAGAAAAUGGUCUAGGAUUAAAACAGGGGCAGAUGUCACAAGAUCAAAGGUCAUUACAACAAGGUCAGAUGUUAAAUCAGAGGCAGACAUCACAGGAUCAAAUGUCAGUACCAGAACCUUUGUCACAAGGUCAGUUGGCAGAACAGAUUCAGAUGAAUCGCAUUGCGACAAAAAUGUCUGACAUUAGACUGUCAGGACCACAAAGUAUUGCCCUGUCUGAGACUAACCGAGAUAUCAAUGGCAUUUUACAGGCAUACAGAAGUAGGAAUGUUGACCCAACUAUUGCCUGUGGUGUUGGUCGAAGAAAUUACUACCAGACAAUGGCUACAAACUCUCCAAACCUGGGACAGCAAGGGCUGCAAGCGAUGGUUACAAACUCACCAAACCUGGGACAGCAAGGGUUGCAAGGAAUGGCUACAAACUCACCAAACCUGGGACGGCAAGUGCUGCCAGCAAUGGCUACAAACUCACAAAACCUGGGACUGCAAGGGCUGCAAGCAAUGGCUUCAAACUCACCAAACCUGGGACGACAAGGGCUGCAAGCAAUGGCUUCAAACUCACCAAACCUGGGACGACAAGGGCUGCAAGCAAUGGCUACAAACUCACCUAAUAUGGGACAGCAAGGGCUGCCAACAAAUGUACAGCACCAGAAAAGACAAGGGGAGUGCAGGAGUUUUGAGACUAGCUUGGAAUUUGUAGGAGACAAACAGACAGGACACGACAUAAAGAUGACAAAUGUCUCCUGUCAGAGUAUGACCUCUCCCCACAGUGCAAGGUCUCAACAGACGAAUACCAGCUUGCCGAUAUUGGGGAUGCCGAUGGAGAUGAACUUGUUAUCAAAUGUUGGUGGGAUAUCCCGAGGACCUCAGUCUUUACCUAGCAAUGUGCAAUCAAAGACUGUGGGCUACUUUAUGCCCAACAUCCGACAGGGAGACUGUAAUGACCACUCCAGCAUACAGUCAGAGACAGAUAACAGCAAAAGGAAUGGGGAUGUCUCAAAAGCAGAAUACGACCUGGCAAGAAAGGAGGAUAGAUCCAACAGUAUGAAGAAUUCCACCAAUCAUCGUGGACGUGACGAUGGUGCAUCAGGGGGAACAGACCCGGAGCCUACCAAUGAUGCCAGCGGAGCAGAGAAUCAGGCUGAUAUAUAUGACCUGACUUUGUCCGUGUUUGAGUUUAUUCGCGACCAAUUGGACUGUUCCCAGAUGUAUAACUGGAGGAACCUGGCUGAUCUACAUGGUCUCAACUACCGCCAGAUUCAGGACAUUGAACAAUUAUGGAAGAGCCAUAGAAUCGAAAGCCCCUUUGUGUACUUAAUCCGCACCUUCCAACGGUACACUGUCCAGCAACUUCGAGAUGACCUACAGAGAAUUCCUCGCUGUGAUUUAUUGGAUCGUCUUAAGAAGUGGGAAAUUGAGGGAAAGUUACCUCCAUAUUGUGCUGGUCUUUUUACCAGGCCUUCAUAGCCUGAGAACUUCUUGCACAUCAGAAUUAACCAGUCUUUCUUAUGUAGUUUUUCAGAUAAAGCUGAUUGUAAAUAGCUCUGAUGAGAUUCAGGUCCAUACACAAUGUCCAGAAUUCAUUAGAACUCAGAUUCUUGUGAUUUGAAAAUGCAACUUGAAAUCAGGUUUCCCAUUUCCACUAACCACCAAUCUGGUUUCCUCUUUUCGAGCCAUCAUUGUUCCAUUUUCCAUCAACCACAAAGCUUUUUACGCAUUUUCAAACCAUAUUGUGAUUGUCAAUUCCUUAGAACUGAUUUACCCAACCAGACUGACAAUCAAGAUAUUUACAUUUCAGUAAAUUUGGUUGGAUCAUAGAUACUCCACAUUAUCAUACAUCAUACAAGGAAGAUCUUAAUACAUGAUGUUGUUUACAAAAACAUAAUAUAUAUUUUCUUUUAUCAAGUUUGUCUAUUUUCAUGUUAAUCAUUAUUUAAUAAUGUACAUUGUUAAUGUUCUUAAAUUUUCUGUACAUGUGUUAAAAUACAGAGAAGACCUCGUAAGUUGAAAUAACUAGUGUCUAAUCCUUUUGCUAUUACACUUGGCAAUAAAAUAUGUUUCAACUAAAAUAUCCUUAAUUCUGAACAGAGUUUGAAAAUUUUAUUCAUAGGCUGGUGAAAUGGCAGUACAGAUUUUGAAAAAUUGUGCGAAAAACAGCAGUACAGGAGUUUGAUCAGAGCCCUAACAGUACAGGGGUUUAAUCAGAGCCCUAACAGAACAGGGGUUUGAUCAGAGCCCUAACAGUACAGGGGUUUGAUCAGAGCCCUAACAGUACAGGGGUUUGACCAGAGCUGUAACAG